AGUCAUUGUUGUCAUAAUUUCGAAAGUGAGUUAAAAUGUUUUUGGCUGUUGUUAUUUUGUUACUGGUGACUGGUGGGAUUGCUGGCAGCAUAUACGACAAAUUUCAUGUGGUGUCAGAGGUAAUGAAAGCUUUACUUUUCAAGUCUAAAGAACAAAAUAAAUGUUUUAUUAUUUGCUUCAGUAUUGCUUUAGGUGAAAAAAAAGUGGGGUGUUAGGGGGAGAUAAAUUAAAAAAUACUUUUCGAGCUAUUCGAUCCUACCAAUAUAAAUGUAAUGUUCUUUCUAAAAUAAUUUCUCAAAUAAAAUUUUGACGGAAAGUGCGUUUAUUUUGGGAAUUUUCCUUAACAACAAAAGAUGGAAGAGAAAGAUUGCAAUCAUGUUUUUUUAUUGACGAAACAGUGUGAUAAAAUAUGGUAGAAAAUGAUUCAUCAUCUGUGGGUGAUGUCAGUGAUUCAUCAGUCUAUGAUAUCGGUCAUUCAUCAGUCUCUGAUGUCGUUCAUUCAUUUGUCUGUGCUAUCGGUCAUUCAUUUGUCUGUGAUGUUGGUCAUUCAACUGUCUAUGAUGUCGGUCAUUCAUUUGUCUGUGAUGUCGGUCAUUCAUUUGUUUGUGAUGUCGGUCAUUCAACUGUCUAUGAUGUCGGUAAUUCAUUUGUCUGUGAUGUAUUUCAUUCAUCUGUCUGUGAUGCCGGUCAUUCAUUUGUCCGUGAUGUCGUUCAUUCAUUUGUCUGUGAUGUCGGUCAUUCAUUUGUCUGUGAUGUAUUUCAUCGUAUCCGGAAAUUUGAUCGAAAGAAAUUUCGUCGACGGUAAAUUGGUCGACGGUAAUAUGAUCGAACGGAAAUUUGGUCGAAUCUUCUUUUCAAUUUUUACGUAACAAUUUUGCAUCAAAUUUCUUUUUGAACGAAUUAUUUUGUUUUACUAAAUAGUAUAGUGCGUUCAAAAAGAAAUUUGACGAAUAUUUCAACGUGCGAACGGAAAAAAAGAUUCGACCAAAUUUCCGUUCGAUCAAAUUACCGUCGAUCAAUUUACCGUCGACGAAAUUUAUUUCGAUCAAAUUUCCGGUAACCGUAUUUCAUUCAUUUGUCUGUGAUGUAAUCAUUCAUCUGUCUGUGAUGUCGGUCAUUCAUCUUUCUGUGAUGUCUGUCAUUCAUUUGUCUGUGAUGAAAUCAUUCAUCUGUCUGUGAUGUCGGUCAUUCAUUUGUCUGUGAGUCGGUCAUUCAUCUGUAUGUGAUGUAUUUCAUUCAUUUGUCUGUGAUGCAAUCAUUCAUCUGUCUGUGAUGUCGGUCAUUCAUUUGUCUGUGAUGUCGGUCAUUCAUCUGUCUGUGAUGUAAUACAUUCAUGUGUCUGUGAUGUCAUUUAGUUAUCUUAAGGGAGUUAAUUUCUAUUAUUCAAUAUUGAUCAAUCAACGUUCAUCGUACCCCGUGGCUGGAAUCCAUCCAUUUUGUGUUUUAAAUAGCUGAUCUAUCAUGUCACAUGGCCGAGCCUAUUAAGCCUUGAUAGAAGCCUCGUCUACCAGCGUAUUAUAUGGCCGAGCCUAUUAAGCCUUGAUAGAAGCCUCGUCUACCAGCGUAUUAUAUGGCCUAGCCUAUUAAGCCUUGAUAGAAGCCUCGCCUACACGCGUAUUAUAUGACCUAGCCUAUUAAGCCUUGAUAGAAGCCUCGUCUACCAGCGUAUUAUAUGGCCUAGCCUAUUAAGCCUUGAUAGAAGCCUCGUCUACCAGCGUAUUAUAUGACCUAGCCUAUUAAGCCUUGAUAGAAGCCUCGUCUACCUGCGUAUUAUAUGACCUAGCCUAUUAAGCCUUGAUAGAAGCCUCGUCUACCAGCGUAUUAUAUGACCUAGACUAUUAUAUCGGCAUACAAAAUGCGUUUCCAAUGUACCUUGAUAUUGUUGUCUAUUUGUCAAGAAAAUUAGCAUCUUUGUAGAUACCCUGAAUGUGAUCAGUACUUUUUGGGUGGGCAGUACCCUGUGGGUUGCCGUGACCUGUGGGUUAACAGUACCUUUUAUGUGGGCACUAUCCUGUGGGUCGUUAGUACCUUGUCUGGGGGACAGUGUCUCAGCCUUACCAUUUGGGAGAGCGGUACGAAGUUGGUGGUCAGUAUGCCAUAGUUGGGCACUAUUCUGUGGGUCGGUAGUACCUUGUCUGGGGAAUCUACCAUGUGCCUCAGCUUUGCCAUUUGGGAGGGCAGCACAAAGUUGGCGGUCAGUAUGCCAUAGUUGGGGACUAUUCUGUGGGUCGGUAGUACCUUGUCUGGGGAAUCUACCAUGUGCCUCAGCAUUGCCAUUUGGGAGAGCGGUACGAAGUUGGUGGUCAGUAUGCCAUAGUUGGGCACUAUUCUGUGGGUCGGUAGUACCUUGUCUGGGGAAUGUACCAUGUGCCUCAGCAUUGCCAUUUGGGAGGGCAGUACAAAGUUGGCGGUCAGUAUGCCAUAGGUGGACAACACCCGGGAUAAUCAAAGUAGAAAAAAGGUCCUUAACAGUUACAUGUACCUUUACAACUUAGCAUAUGACCACAUAAGGAGCUGACAAGUCAAAGGAGUUUAUUCUAAAUACAGUGACUCUGUUCUAAUCAUUUGAACUCCCUGACUGUCCUUGCAAAAGCUCUUUUUUAAUCAUUGGAAGUCCCUGACUUUUCUUGCAACAGCUCUGUUUUAAUCAUUUGAACUCCCUGACUGUUCUUGCCACAGCUCUGUUUUAAUCAUUUGAACUCCCUAACUGUUGCUCUUGCAACAGAAGUCCUCACUGUUCUUGCCGAAAAAGAACUAAGUUUUCUUGCCACAGAAGACCUGGCUGUUCUUGCCACAGGAGACCUGACUGUUCUUGCCACAGAAGAUCUGACUGUUCUUGCCACAGAAGACCUCACUGCUCUUGCCACAGAAGGCCUGACAUUUCUUGCCACAGAAGACCUGACUGUUCUUGCCAAAGAAGACCAGAAGAACAUCUUGCAAGUAGACAAAUAGAAAAGCGUCCACCUUGAGGAACAAGUUACUGUUUUUCGGCAACACACAACGCCAAAAAUGGUUGGCAUUGCAGUGUUUUAUACAACACUGAAGAAGGAAAAACGAUGAAAUAAGAGUUGACUGAUACAAAUUCAGAUGAAAUAGAAGCUUCAAAAAUACCACCCAUCUGUUUGAGAAAAUUGAAUUUAAAAUCUUGAUACAAGCAGCAAUGCCAGGAACAAGAUUCGUGUGUCUCCUGAACCACUUGCGUUUCUUCGACAAUGUGACAAGGACGAAAAUGAUAUACAAGUACACAAAGGAAAUCCAAGGACUAAUAAGUUAAUCCGACGACAUAUAUAGCCAAGGACACAAAGGAAAGCCAAAAACACAUAUGAAAGCCAAUGACAGUAAGGAAAGCCAAAAGAAAAAAAAGAAAAGCCAAGAACACAUAUGAAAGCCAAGGACGCAAAGGAAAGCCAAGAAAAAAAAGGAAAGCCAAGGACACAUAUGAAAGCCAAGGACACAUAUAAAAGCCAAGGACAGGGAGAAAAGCCAAGGAUGCAAAGGAAAGCCAAGGACACAUAUGAAAGCCAAGGACAGGAAGGAAAGCCAAGGACAGGGAGCAAAGCUAAGGAUGCAAAGGAAAGCCUAUAACACAUAUGAAAGUCAAGGACAGGAAGGAAAGCCAAGGACAGGGAGGAAAGCCAAGGACACAUAUGAAAGCCAAGGACAGGAAGGAAAGCCAAAGAUGCAAAGGAAAACCGAUGACACGAAGGAAACCUAUUGAAACGUACCCCAAAUUAGAGAAAUUGGAAAUACCUUUAAACAUCUCUAGGCCGACAUUAUUGUCCCAUUAGUAACACAGCACUGGAAGAGCAUCUCAUCCCAUUUUACGGAGGUUCACUUUCACAGACUACCUAACCAGCAAUUCUGGUAGUAUGGCAUCAAGAUUUCUGAUCAUUUGAUAAAGAAACAUCUUUUCUGUUGAAAGGGAAGCAAUACUUCCCUUCUAUUCUCCUUUACUUUGUGUCUGUCUCUUGGUUGUUGUUGUGUUUUUGUUGGUUUUUUUUCGUCAAUUUCUAUUUUUUUUUCUCUUUAACUUAGGUAGGAUAUACGUAUAUAUAUAUAUAUAUAUAUAUAUAUAUAUAUAUUAUGUAAAUUUAAUUUACACUUGUUUAAAUGUUUUAUUGUUGUACUGAUGAAGGCAUGUGCCGAAACGUCUACUUAUGUAUUUUGUAGUGUUCUUAAAGCUUAACACAAAUUGUUAUAUAGACACAAAUUGUUCGUGUCUAAUUAAUCUAGAAAGGAUAUGGAGUUUUCAUUACAAGAAUGACAGAAAAAAAUGUGUGAACUAUUAAUUGCCAAAAGUAACCAUUUAUAACAAAAUAAAUGAAGUGUGUUGUCAAUUGCAUUCAUGUCUGUAUAAUGUAGUCACGUUCUUAUAAAUACCAUAAUGGAAAAAUUCACCAAAGUUUAUUUAAACUUUUUAUGGCUUUGAGCACAAAUUCUCAUUUGUUUCUAUACUUAUUUAUAAAUAUAUACGGUAGGCUUCCGACCACAACGUACUCUCAACCGUGGUGUUACUAUCUACCUAAUGUAUGCUCUCAACCGUGUUGUUACUCUCUACCUAAUGUAUGCUCUCAACCGUGGUGUUACUCUCUACCUAAUGUAUGCUCUCAACCGUGCUGUUACUCUCUACCUAAUGUAUGCUCUCAACCGUGGUGUUACUCUCUACCUAAUGUAUGCUCUCAACCGUGGUGUUACUCUCUACCUAAUGUAUGCUCUCAACCGUGGUGUUACUCUCUACCUAAUGUAUGCUCUCAAUCUGAGGGUUACUCCCCAUCCACGGGGUACUCUCCACCCAAUGUAUACUCUCCACCUAAGGGUUACUAUCCACCCACUGGGUACUCUCCACAGACAGAAUAAUUUCCGCCCACGGGAUACUCUCCUCCCAAUGUUAUUCUCCACCUAAGGCAUAUUAUCCACCUACGAUGUACUCUCCACCAACGGGGUACUCUCUAGCUACGAUAUGCUUUCCACCAAAUGGGUACUAUCAAACUACGAUGUACUUUCCACCAACGGGGUACUCUCCACCAACGGUGUACUCUCCAGCUACGAUGUACUUUCCACCAACGGGGUACUCUCCAGCUACGAUGUACUCUCCACCAACGGUGUACUCUCCAGCUACGAUGUACUUUCCACCAACGGGGUACUCUGCAUACUUACUUGAUUAGAAAAACACUUGAAUACAUAAACAAUGACUUGAAUACAUACAAAACUAAAUUCAUUCAAACUCAAUAUUUUUUAAUGAGUGUAUUAAAUUCCAGUUAUCUCAAAUUGAGGCCCAUCUCAAAGAAUUGGAUUCUGACCUGGACAAAACUUCGAAUGCCGUGUUCAAGCUUAAAAGUGAGGUGAGUGGAUCUUAAGUUAAUAUGGGAAGUUCAUUGGGAUUACAGGCACUUUACAUCUAUGGAGAAUCAUAAAUAAAUCAUGAUGUUCCUAAAUUCUACAGAUAAGACGAGUAGACUACAUGAGAACCAUUUUCAAAAGUUUUGCAAUUUAAAAUCAAACAUGACUUUUAUUAAGAGAGAGAAAAAAUAUGAUACAUGAUUUAUUCGAGAAGUUUUGAAAGGAAGUUGUAUAUCAGAGUAUGGCUUGCUACAACAGGAAGGCUUGACAGGAAGUUGUGUCAGAGUAUGGCUUGCUACAGCAAGAAGGCUUGACAGGAUGCUGUGUCAGAGUAUGGCUUUCUACAGCAAGAAGGCUUGACAGGAUGUUGUAUCAGAGUAUGGCUUGCUACAGCAAGAAGGCUUGACAGGAGGUUGUGUCAGAGUAUGGCUUUCUACAGCAAGAAGGCUUGACAGGAUGUUGUAUCAGAGUAUGGCUUUCUACAGCUAGAAGGCAUGACAGGAUGUUGUAUCAGAGUAUGGCUUGCUACAGCAAGAAGGCUUGACAGGAUGUUGUAUCAGAGUAUGGCUUGCUACAGCAAGAAGGCUUGACAGGAUGUUGUAUCAGAGUAUGGCUUGCUACAGCAAGAAGGAUUGACAGGAUGUUGUGUCAGAGUAUGUCUUGCUACAGCAAGAAGGCUUGACAGGAUGUUGUGUCAGAGUACGGGUGUUCACUUAUAUUCUUUACCAUGAUUAUUAUUUUUUCAUUCAAUGGACAUUGUUGCAAAGAGAGAGAGAGGCAGUCGUUGUGUAGUUGAAUGAAAUAGUAUUAUCAAGGCAUUACUCAAUUUGAAGAAAUUCAGCACGCUAUUAAUGAACAUUUAUACUGGAUCAUAAAAGCCUACAGUUAUAUAAAAGUUACGUCUUUUAAACGUUAUAACAAUACACUAAGAAUAAAUAAAUGGCUCUGGUCCACAAGAUCUCAUUCUGUAUGUGGGGCUAAUUUUUUCAUAAUUUAGGCGCGAAAUCAUUAAAAGAGCGUACUCCGUAUGACUUCUUACUGUGUCAAUCCACAUUGUCAACUCUCAGUAAAGAUUGUGUUGAGGAGCGUACUCCGUAUGACUUCUUUCUGUGUCAAUCCACAUUGUCAACUCUCAGUAAAGAUUGUGUUGAGGAGCGUACUCCGUAUGACUUCUUACUGUGUCAAUCCACAUUGUCAACUCUCAGUAAAGAUUGUGUUGAGGAGCGUACUCCGUAUGACUUCUUACUGUGUCAAUCCACAUUGUCAACUCUCAGUAAAGAUUGUGUUGAGGAGCGAAGAUUCUUUAAGGAUACAUGUUUUAAAAAAACGUUUUUGAAGAUAUAAAGGUGAAGAGCCUUCUAUACAGCUAAGUUUACAUCCAAGGAUAACGUGUCCUGUCCGACCGGGGUGCUCUCUAGACUUUUGCUGGGGAGCAAUCUACAGUCCAAAAGCUUGUGAUUGACACUGAGCGGCCAGCACCCAAAACAAUCUAUACACAUAUCACAGCCUGCAGGUUAUAUAUAUUACAUUUAGUAGGUAGUACAUGUUACAUCCAGUAGGUUGUACGUAUCACAUCCUUUAGUGUGUACAUAUCACAUCAAAGAAGUUGAACAUAUCACAGCUUGCAGGUUAUACAUAUCACAUCCGGUAAGUUGUCAUAUAAUGUCCAGUAGGUUGUGCAUGUCACAUCUUACAUGUUAUACUCAUCACAGCCAUUAUAGGCUAUAUUUAUCACAACUAGUACGUUGUACAUUUCAAAGUCAGCUUGCUGCACACAUCACAUUCAGUUGGUUGUACAUAGCACAGAAAGUGUAGUUUACAUAUCGCAGUGAGGAGGUUGCCCAUAUCACAAACCAGUAGGUUGUAUGUGUUACCGCCAGUAUGUUGUAUGUGUUACCGCCAGUAUGUUGUAUGUGUUACCGCCAGUAUGUUGAUAUCUUCAACCCAAAACAGAAACAUUAAUAACGACAAUACAAAUCAUUUCAUUCAUUUUUCCAACAACUUCCAUUCACUCAUUUGUGUACAGUUAUCUGGUCCAUUCACUCAUCUGUGUACAUUUAUCUUCUCCAUUCAUACAACUGUCUACAGUUAUCUGGAGAGACGAAUGGCAAGGUUGAAUCUGGUGACCUCGUCCCGCUUGUUCCCUGUGUGCGGCCCCUGGAUGCCUGGAGAACCGUGUUGAACGGUGAACUAAAAUUUACUAUGAAAUACCUGGAGUUGGCUGAGGACGUCAGAGUGACGUGGGGUGAUACAAUGACAAUAUUGCCAGGUGGGAUCAUUUUGUUACUUUUACAAAAUAUUAGGUAGAAGAAAAUAAUGUUAAUAGACAAAUACCUUUGAUUUAUUAGUGUUAUGUUUUCAUUGUUUUUAUUUCAACAAGUAACAUAAACAGAUAUAUACAUAAAUACAAGUUCUCAAUCAGGUGCUGACUUUCUGCUUGCGUCUGGAACACGGUUCAUAAACACACACAAUCUGUCCAGUCUCUCUGCGCAUGCGCGCUAUUUCCUUGGCUGGCUAUCGGUACGGGCCAGUCCGCUAGUCCACCAGAACAACAGAUAAAAAAUUUUUUAGAUGACAACUACCUUUGAGAUAUCAGUUAUAGUUUAGUAGAAAGACAACUAAAUAUUGAGAUAUCAGUUAUAGUUUAGUAGAAAGACAACUAAAUAUGAGAUAUCAGUUAUCGUUUAGUAGAAAGACAACUAAAUAUGAGAUAUCAGUUACAGUUUAAUAGAAGACAAUUACCUUUGAGAUAUUAUGUAUAGUUUGAUAGAAAAACAACUAAAUAUAGCACCACUCAAGUCCAAGACGGGUCAAAUUAUCAAGAAUCCAAAUGAAUGGCUCAAGGGAAAAACAAGUGAUGUCAGGUUUUGAGAGUUUGGGGAAAAUUGAAUUUAAAGUUUGAAAAUUCCUCAUAAAGGUAUGAAAGUAUCAAGAUGUCUACGUAUUUAUUUAUUGACUAAGCUGCUUUUUCAGUUGGACCUAUGUAUCAUAUUAUUCUAUUAAAUGGAAUGUAGCCACAAGGGAGAUAACAUAGAAAUUUUGAAAAACUGACAUCACUGGUUUUUCCCUUUAACCCUUCAAAUGAUCAACUCUGGCGUUGGGUAGAGCACUAUCUUGAGCUAUACUCUACAAUGAAUGUAUUUACUGAGACCACUCUGCAUAAUAUUCCCGCGUUGUCAGUAAUGAAUGAACUGGAUGAAGAGCCAACUUUACAGGAGCUCGAAAAAGCCAUCGAUUACCUUGCGGAUGGGAAGGCUCCAGGGAUCGACGGCAUCCCAGCGUAAAUCUUCAAAAAUGGAAAACCUAUCCUACUUCAGCCCUUACAUGAGCCCCUCUGUCUGUGUUGGGAAACAGGACACAUUCCCCGGGACAUGAGAGACGCCAACAUCGUAACAUUGUAUAAAAAUAAAGGGGACCGUAGUGAUUGCAAUAACUACCGAGGUAUUUCUCUCCUGAGCUUAGUUGGAAAGACUUUUCCCCGUAUUGUCCUUAAACGAUUGCAGAGUCUGGCGAACCGCAUCUACCCAGAGUCACAGUGUGGCUUCAGGAGUGGGCGCUCAACAAUAGCCAUGAUAUUUUGGCUACGCCAAAUGCAGGAGAAAUGUCGUGAACAGCAUAUGCCUCUUUAUAUUGCCUUCAUAGACCUGACCAAGGCAUUCGACUUAGUAAGUCGAAGAGGCCUUUUCAGUAUCCUGCAAAUAAUAGGUUGUUACCCACGAUUGCUCACAAUAAUACAGUCAUUUCACAAAAACAUGCACAGCACAGUAACUUUCAAUGGCACUGUCUCUGAGUCAUUCCCACUUAGCAGCGGAGUAAAACAGGGUUGUGUACUGGCACCAACACUCUUUUUCCUUUUCUUUUCGAUGCUCCUUCAAUUUGCCUUCAAAGACUAUGAAAAUGGAGUGUACGUCCAUACAAGAUCUGAUGGAAGACUGUUCAAUAUCACCCGCCUUCGUGCAAAGACCAAAGUAAAAAAGGUGCUGAUUAGUGAACUGCUGUUCGCUGACGAUGCCACCUGGACAUCUCACACAGAAGAAGUUCUGCAGGGGCUGGUUAAUCGCCUAUCACAUGCUUGUAAAGAGUUUGGUCUUUCGAUUAGUCUACAGAAAACUCAUGUAAUGAUGCAAGAAGCACCGUCACCUCCAAUCAUAUCUAUUGAGGGUCAUAAUCUUUCGGUUGUUGAUCAUUUCAUAUACCUGGGCUCCAAUCUUUCUAGAUCUCUCUCCGUUGAUGAAGAGAUAAAUAUCAGGGUCGCAAAAGCAGCAGCAACUGUGGCUAAACUGAAUAAGCGGGUGUGGAAUAAUCUCAAUCUAACUGAUAAAACAAAAAUAAGUGUCUAUCAGGCAUGCGUGCUUAGCACGCUCCUAUAUGGUAGCGAAGUGUGGACCACAUAUACCAGUCAGGAGCGGAAACUGAACAGCUUCCAUCAAAGAUGUCUGUCGCAUUUUACGCAUUCGUUAGCAGGACAGGGUGCCUAACGUGGAGGUCUUGGAGCGUGCACACAUGUUUGGCAUAUUCUCCUUUCUUAUCGAGAGGCGCCAUCGCUGGUUAGGUCAUGUACGGAGAAUAUAGAAAGGACGUAUACAAAAGAUACUGCUGUACGGAGAGUUGGCAGAAGGGACAAGACAUAUUGGACGACCGCGCCUGAGAUUUAUUGACGUUUGCAAACGAAGCAUGAGGGAAUCCAAUAUUGAUAACUAAGUAAUAUUUUAGUCUCUAAUGGUAAGUUAUAUGUUUAGGCUAUGAUAGAUAAGUCAUACCUCCAGUUUCUGAUAGAUCAUUUUUCUAGUAAUUGAUAGCUAAGUCACAUUUAAGCUAUGAUGGCUGCUUUAGUUAUAUGAUAUAAUAGCUAAGUCACAUUUUAGCAUAUUAUAGCGGUCAUAUUUCUAGGCUAUGAUAACUAAGUCAUAUUUCUAGACAAUGAUAGCUAAUGUACAUUCCUGGAAUAUGAUAGCUAAAUCAUAUUUCUAGGCUGUGAUAGCUUAAUAUUUUUUUCUAGACGAUGAUAGCUGUCAUAACUCUAAAGAUGAUAGCUAAGUCAUCAUUUUAGACUAUUUUAAAUGUCAUAACAACUGUCUCUCAUACUAAAGUCACAUUUCUAGUUUAUUAUAGCUAAGUCAUUUUUUAAAGAUGUGCUAACAAAUUUAUAUUUCUUGUCUAUGAUAACUAUGUCACAUUUCUAGGCUAUGGACGUUAAGUCACAUGUCUUGUCUAUGAUAGCUAAAUCACAUGUCUAGGCUAUGAUAGCCAAGUCAUAUUUCUAGUCUUUGAUAGCUAAAUCACAUUUCUAGUCUAUGAUAGCUAAAUCAUUUUUAUAGGCUAUGAUAUCUCAGUCAUAUUUUAAGCUAUUGUUGCUAACUAACAUCUCUAGGCUUGGGUCGUCAAUUUUCCCUUAUCGGCUAGAAUGGCAAAGUCAUAUAUCUAAUCUUUAAUAGCUAAUUCACAUUCCUCCUAGUCGUUAAAAGCAAAGUCAUAUUCCCAGCUUAUGAUAGCUUAGUUAUAGUCAUUUUUAGCUUAGCUAAGUCAUUUUCUGGGCUACGAUUUCUAAAUCACAUUUAUAGACUAUGCUAGCAAAGACAUAUUUUAAGCUGUUAUAAAUACGUCAUAUUUCUAGGAAUUAAUAAUGAACUCCUAUGUCUAUGAUAUGAUAGCUAACUCUCAUUUUUGGCUAUUUUACCUAAGUCAUUUUUUUAGUAUUUCAUAACUUGGUCACAUUUCCAGUCUUUAAUAGCUAAGUGAUAUUUCUAGGCUUCGACAGCUAAGUCACAUUUUAGACUAUUAUAGCUAAAUCGUAUUUCUCGUCUAUGAAAGCUAAGCAUAAUUUCUAAUUGAUCAUAGCUUAGGUGUUAUUUCUUUGCUAUAAUAGGUACGUCGUAUUACUAGUAUUUGAUAGCUUAGUCAUCUAUUUAGGCCUUGAUAGAAAAUUAACAUUUCCCGGCUAAUAUAAGUAAGUCAAAUGUUCUGGGCUAUGAUAGUUAUGUCACAUUUCUAGAUGAUAAUAUAUUAUCUCUCUCUCUAUAUAUAUAGUCUAGAAAUAUGAAUAAGCUAUGGCUUAUUCAUAUUGCUUGACUAUGGGAGCUAAGUCAUAUUUUUAGGCUACGAUAGGAAUUCAUUGAAUAUCUAGGCUAUGAGAUUAAGUAUCAUUUAUAUAGCUAAGUCAGAUUUUAAGCUAAUAUAGAGGGUAAUAUUAGAGGCUCUGAUAGCAAGUCCAAUUUUUAAUAUAUGAUAGCUUAGUCACAUUUUUAGGAUAAAAUAGCUAAGUCAUUUCUAGAAUAUGAUAGCUAAGUCAUAUUUCUAGACUAUGACAGAUAUGUCAUAACUUUAGUCUCAAUAUGUGGCUCAAUCAGUCAUAUUCAUAUUCAAACUCUCAUUAUAAACAUUAUUUGAUAAGAAUUCGGCCUCCUUCGUGACACGUGAUAAUUAUCUUCCCCUCAGCUACUUUCUAUGAACUGUCGGGUGAAAUCGUUGGUAAGUUCAUGAAUUCGAGUGUAACGGUGCCAGACAACUUGACAGCAGAUUCAAUAAUCUUUAUGGCUGCCACCUGUGGAGAUAAUGUGUAAGCAGAUCAAUCAUGGUGGCAUUUAGUAUUCUGUAGAAUAAAUUUAUUUUUUAUCAAUAUAUGAAUAUAAAUCAAUGAUGGUGUUUCUGUGUAAUAUUCAGAUAAAUUAUAGUAUCAUUAAGUAAUGUUUAUAUCAAUUAUGUUUAAUUAAGUUAUAUUUAUAGUAAUUAUGUUUUCAAUAAUAAUAUUUAGAUACAUUUUGAUGUCGUGAAGCAACAUAGAUAAAUGAUGUGUCGUUAAGUAAUCUAUAGAUACAACCAAAAGGACCCCCACAUAAUGAGAACCACUCGAUAAAAGAUAACUCAAUUACAAAAUUAAUUAAACAUGAAUUAAACAUGUAAUUAAGUAAUUACCACCCCUUAAUUAAUACUUAAAUUUCCUUUGCAUCUCCAACGCCUCCAAUAUACCUGCUUCCUACAUAGUAUUAUACUAAUGUUGAGUCACUAUGUUAUCUCUAGAUGAUUUAUGGUUUAAUUAAUUAAGAAAUGGAUAAUAAAAUAUGUUUUCAUGAAACAAUCUAUAUAUUUGUUAACGCAUGAUUAAGUAAGAAAGAAAAAAAAAGAAUGUGAAAUUCUUCAAGUAACAAUAUCUGUUUCAUUAAAUCUGAAUCACUUCCUAGUAAUGUUCUCAUAUGAGUCCUUAUUAUGUCUGUCUAACAUAAGACAUACCUCUGACUCUAACACUAUCUCACUAAUCAUGAAGAACCCUGAGUCCUAAAUACUAACUUAGUUUUUGUAGCCAUGUGCAAUAAGAAUUAACUCUGUCUUACUAUCCAUGAGUCUUAAGUACCAAAUCUGUGUUUAGAAGCCCUGAGUCCUAAGUACUAACACUGUAUCACCAAUACUUACUAGCCCUGUAUCCUAAGUACUAUCUCUGUCUUACUAACCCUGAGUCCUAAAUACUAACAUUUACUAAUCCUUACUAGCCCUGAGUCCCAAGUACUAACUCAAUCUUAGUAACACUGAGUUCUAACUCUAUUUCACUAAACAUUUCUUGCUCUAAAUUUCCACUAUGUCUGACCAAUCUAACCUCUAACUCUUGAGUUCCAACUCAGUCUAACUAACCUACUCUGCAACUAUGUGUCCUAAUUAUGGCUCACUAACAUACUCUCUAAAUCUUGUCUCAUUAAAGAACUCUAUUAAUUCUUUCUCACUAAACUUUUCUCUAGCUUCUGACUCAGAUUCAACUUGUGCGAUCAUCUCUAUCCACCUACGGAACUCCAAUCAACUCAUUUAUCACAUAAAUUACAACGCUAUUUCAAGUCAACCACAUUGAAGUUAUCUAAACACCACUUUUAUAUAGUUAAUCGAAGGUUCUCCCACGUGACAAGGAUAAGAUAUGUUAUUGUUUGUGUGGGCUACAGGACAGCUAUAGGUUAGCCCCGGUCAGCUAUUGGUCAGCCUCUGGUCAACUACUGGUUAGCCACAAUUGAUCUUCCUGUCAGCUAUCGGUCAGCCUCUAGUCGGCUACUGGUCUGCCACUGUCAGUUACUUUUCAGCUAAUGGUUAUCUAUUGGUCAGCAACUUGGCAGCUGCAGGUCAGUCACUGAGUAGCCACUUUUCAUCCACUAGUCAGCUACUAGAUAGUAACUACCAGCCACUAGUCAGCCACUAGUCAGCUACUGGUCAUCUAUUGGUCAAAUCUGGUCCUGCCCAGCCAAUAAUUUUUUUGUAAAAAAGGAGAACAAAUGACCACGUGAUUUUCGUCUUGAACACAUAGAUGCAAUUAAGUUGUGUUAUAAUAUAAAAAUUUUAGUCUCCACAUACUUGUCUCCACCUGCUUACCUCCACCUGUUUUGUUUAUCAAAGAAAUUGGCAGGCUUAUCAAUUUCUGUCCACUGGAGAAAAUUAUGCCCAUCAGGUCUUGUCUGAAGACGCCAUGCCGGUGGUAGAGACGAAUACAUCAGAAGUUGUCUACAACAUAGGACAGGAUGCCUUCUUGAGGGUAUUAUUUCUGUACAGUUGACCUUGUCUCAGUGACGUAUAUCUACGCUUAGUCUCAGUGACGUAUAUUUACACCUUAUCUCAGUUACUUAUUUCUACACAUUGUCUAAGUUACAUAUAUCUACACUAGAUCUCACUGAUAUAAAUUUACACCUAGUCUCAGUGACUUAUAUCCUACCUGGUCUUAAUGAUGUAUAUCUAUACAUUGUCUCAUUGACGUAUAUCCGCACCUGGUCUCGGUGACGUACAACUACACUUAGUCUCAGUGACGUAUAUCUACACUUAGUCUUAGUGACGUAUAUCAACACUUAGUCUUAGUAAGUAUACCUACACUGAGUCUCAUUGACGUACAUCUACACUUAGUCUCAAUGACGUAUAUCUACACUUAGCUUCAGUGACGUAUAUCUACACUAAGUAUCAGUGACGUAUAUCUACGCUUAGUCUCAUUAACGUUUUUCUACACUUUGUCUCACUGACGUAUAUUUUUGUUUCAUUCAUAGAUGAGAUUUUUGCUUUGAUAAGUCAAUCUACACUUUGUCUCAGUGACGUAUAUCUACACUUAGCCUCAGUGACGUAUAGCUACACUUAAUCUUAGUGAAGUUUAUCUACACUUUGUCUCAGUGACUUAUAUCUACACCUUGUCUCAGAGACUUAUAUCUACUCUUAGUCUUAGUGACGUAUAUCUAUACCUCGUCUCAGUGACGUAAAUCUAUACUUUACCUUAGUGACGUAUAUCUACGCUUUGCCUACGUGACGUAUAUUUUGUUUCAUUUAAAGAUGAGAACUAGACAGCCAGAACAUCGAGCAGGACACCAUAUUCAAACAGAUGUGUUCUUAAGUCUUGUAGACUUAAAGACCGGAGAAUUUGAGAUGAGACCACUAGUAGAUUAUGCCAAUAAGUCUGUUGAGUUUCUGGACAGGUAAGCUGGUUUAUAUAUGCCAAUAAGUCUGUUGAGUUUCUGGACAUGUAAUCUAGCAGAUUAUGGUAAUAAGUCUGUCGUGUAUAUGGAUAGGUAAGCUUGCAGAUUAUGCUAAUAGGUCUGUCGAGCUACUGUACAGGUAAUGUCUAAUAGAAAAUUUACCGUUUCAUCUUUGGAGUGAGGAUGAAUUAGACAUUUUUUUAUUUGUUUAGAUAUCAACAUUUACCGGUGCUUGGACAUGUAGACUAUUCUUGAAUCAUUCAGUACUUGCCAAGGUGGUGAAUGUCUCACUUAUCCACUACUUUCCAAAAUGUGGAAUGGUCUAUUCAUCGAGUCCUUGUCAAGAUAUUGAGUCUUCUAUUCAUCUAGUACUUGCCAAAAUGACAAAAGUUCUACUCAUACGUUGCUUGCUUGCCAAGGUGGUGAAUGUUUUACUUAUCUAGUAAUUGCCAAUAUGUUCAAUAUUAUUCAUCGAGUACUUGCAAAGAGGGCCAAUGUUCUAUUUAUCCAAUACUUGCCAGGAUGAAAAAUAUUCUAUUCAUCCAGUACUUUUUAAGUAGGCGAAUGUUCUAAUCAUUCAAUAAAUGCCAAUAAAUGCCAUAAAUGCCAAUAAAUGCCAAUAAAUGCCAAUAAAUGCCAAUAAAUGCCAAUAAAUGCCAAUAAAUGCCAAUAAAUUCAAUGACACCUUGUAUACAGCUGAUAUAGACUCAUUGUAUCAGCGCUAUUAAAUGUGUACAUUUUCGUCAGGUCUAAUUUCGGUUUAUUUCAAAUUUUAGCCACGAUCGCACUGUAAAUUAUAUACAAAUAUUUAAAAAUUCAAGUACCAUAUAAUGUGAUUCGCUAUUAUAGAUAUUUCUCUAGUCUAAACAUAUCUCCUAUUUCUCUAGUCUAAACAUAUCUCCUAUUUCUCUAGUCUAAACAUAUCUCCUAUUUCUCUAGUCUAAACAUAUCUCCUAUUUCUCUAGUCUAAACAUAUCUCCUAUUUCUCUAGUCUAAACAUAUCUCCUAUUUCUCUAGUCUAAACAUAUCUCCUAUUUCUCUAGUCUAAACACAUCUCCUUUUUCAUCGGUCUAAAUACGUCGCCUAUUUCACUAGUUUAAACGCAUCAGAUUUCUCUAGUCUAAACACAUCUCCUAUUUCUCUUUUCUAAACACAUCUUCUAUUUAUUUAAUCUAACCAUAUCUCCUAUUUCUCUAGUCUAUACACGUCUCCUAUUUCUCUAGUCUAUAACUUCUCCUAUUGCAUUAGUCUAAAUAAAUCUAUUAUUUCUCUAGUCUUAACCCAUCUCGCAUUUCACUAGUCUAAACACAUCUUCUAUUUCUCUAGUCUAUAACAUCUCCUACUGCACUUGUCACUUGUCUAAGUACAUCUCCUGUUUCCCUAGUCUAAACACAUCUCCAAUUUCAUUAAACUAAACACAUCUCUUAUUUCACUAGUCUAAAUACAUCUCCAAUUUCAUUAAACUAAACACAUCUCUUAUUUCACUAGUCUAAACACAUCUCCAAUUUCAUUAAACUAAACAAAUCUAUUAUUUCACUAGACUAAACACAUCUGUUAUUUUGACAUGCAUUCUAGCAAAGUAGAUGCUAAUUCAUCAGAAGCAACGAUUCGAAUGAAGAUGUCUGAGCGAAUGAAGAGUGGUAUCAUCAUGACGCUAUCCUAUCAAUUGAUGAGAGGCAGUGUUAUAUCCUUCAUGAGUGUAAGUACAAGUUCUUCCAUCAAACAACGAACGUUGAACAAUUGUCUUAAUAUGGAAGACACGAUCUUUAAAUAGUAAUUUUGGGGAAGACAUGAACUUUAAAAAGUCAUAGUAGGGAAGACAUGAACUUUAAAAAGUCAUAGUAGGGAAGGCAAGACCUUUUUAAAUAGUCAUACAGUAGAAGACAUAAAAAGUUUCUAUAAUCAAUAUCUCAUCUUUUAAUAUUUAUUGUUUUGUAAUUUAGGAAUGUUUUAUGAUUUUAAACUUAGGAAUAUUUUAUGAUUUUUAAUUUAGGAAUUGUUUAAUGAUUUCUCAUCUAAUACUAUUUUAUGUUUUCUAAUUUACGAAUUUUAUAUGAUUUUAAACUUCAUAAUAUUUUAUGAUUUUUAAUUUAUGAUUUUUUUUAAUGAUUUAAAACUAGCAAUAUUGUAACAUUAUUAUUUAUAUAGGAAUAUUUGAAUAAAUUCUUUUUAUUCUUACUGUUAUUCUCUAGGAAUUUUUCCACGUAUAUGUGAGACCAUCCAACCAGACUGGUCCCUUUCCCCCAGAUUACAUUCACGUAAGGAUCCCACCUCACAAACAGACCGAUGAAAAGGACAUAACUCAAGAAAAGUGUCGGUAA